ACGCGGGUGGCCUGGGCCCUUAACGGACGCUGGGCGCUCCAGGGAGAACAUGAUAUGGGGCAUCUUAGUUUAAGGUUGUGUAAGGAGGAAGAGACAUGUCAUCCUUUUGGAAUGUUCAGUGGUAACCGCACAGCCUCCAAUGUCCCAGCCAAGGUCUAGCAAGUCGUCGGCCGACGUUCUUGCUGAGCUGAGAGAAGGCGGCCUGUUGCCCCUCAAUAUCCGGGGCGAGUCCGUCGCUUUCGAAUUCCAGGUGCUGCCCCCUCGCCGCCCAGUUAUAAUUAGGCUGCAGAAGCUGGAGGAAACUAUCCAGGAGAGGCGCGAACGGGUCAAGAAGGAGCCCGCCGGAUCACGCACUCAACUUAGACAUCAACUCACCGACGCCACCAACAGACGUGACGAGAUGUUAGUUUUACAGAAUAGAUCACGAAAACAUGCAGAGAGCUCUAAGAGAGCGAAGGUCAAGGCAAGAGCAGCCAAGAAGGAGCGCAAGAGCACUGCCUUUGUCAUCUCCUCUGUCAGCGACACGGAAGCCAUCGUUCCCCGGGACUCGGAGAAGGCGCAGUCUUUAGAGAAACGUUUUAGCAAGAGGAGAGAACGCGUCGCGAAAAGGACCACCGCGGAAGACCUAAAGAAACAGCGGGGGUGGGAGAGGCCUAAUCAGGACGAGCAGUUGGAGACAAACUGGCCACGUUUAUGCUCUGGUUUUUGUUAAUUUAUUGAAAAAUUGAAAGAAAAUAUGCAUCUCAGUGUAUUCGCCACGUUAGAUAACUAUACAAGAAGAAUGGCUUUUUUUCGACAUGCAUUUUGUGUCUGACAUUAUUGAGCAGAGGUUCAGAAUAACACAUGUAAUUUGGAGAAGGGGCUGCACGAGCAACCUCCAUGGAGGUCAGCUCUGUGGAGCUCCUCCAUGGAGGUUGCUCUUGCAGCCCUUAUUGGUAAUUUGUCGCCACCCGUCACGUUAGGUGAUUGUGCAAGGCUCAAUGCGUUUUUUCUAGACCGAAUUCUGCCAUUAUUGAAGAGGUUCAGAAGUUUGUUUGACUGUAAUAAAUAUACAAAACUAAAAAAAAAUGACUAGGUUUUUGUUACAUAAUGUUAUGUUUAAGUUCACUUUUGAUUUAUUUCCGAAAAAGGUAAAAUGUUUUAGAAAAACUAACUCCUGUCGGUUGUCAGGUUAGAGCAAGUACAGCUCAGGUUGUCAGGUAUCUCCUUUACAGCAAGGUUUUAAGGCAUUCGCAUGUUGUACAAAACUGCAAAUAAAGUCACGGUUUCUGCAUA